UGCAAAUGCGUGUGUGUGAGCUUGCCAGGCCUGUAAAGAUGGCGGCCUGUGCGUUACGCCGAGGUUUGCUGAGCACUGUCAGUAAAUACAACAAGAAGCACACACAGAGGAUACUGAGCGUGGUGGACAGCAGCAGCGGGUUUGAGGUGUUCAGGCCCCGGGUUGAAUGCCGGGCCUGCGGGCUCCCCGCCGGGCUGCAGCAGAGGAGGUUCAUGUCGUCACGGCCUGAAGGGAAGAUUUUGGAGACAGUGGGAGUGUUUGAGGCUGUGAAGCAGCAUGGAAAAUAUGAAACGGGACAGCUGUUUCUCCACAGUGUGUUUGGCUACAGAGGCAUCGUGUUGUUUCCCUGGCACGCCCGCCUCUACGACAGAGACAUCACACCUCCCAUGUCUGAAAGCAAACCUGAUCCUCCAGGAACCCACGGCUCCAAGGAGGUGAAGGGGAAGACUCACACCUACUACCAGGUCCUGAUUGACACCAGGGACUGCCCUCACAUAUCUCAGAGGUCCCAGACGGAGGCGGUGACGUUUCUGGCCAACCAUGAUGACAGCAGAGCUCUGUACGCUAUCCCAGGUCUGGACUAUGUGAGCCAUGAGGACAUCCUGCCCUAUAACUCGGCGGAACAGAUCCCCAUCCAGCACGAGCUGUUUGAGCGCUUCCUCACGUACAACCCUGCCAAAUCUCCUCCGUUCACAGCCAGAGACACCCUGAAGGCGUGGCAGGAGAAGAACCACCCCUGGCUGGAGCUCUCUGACGUCCACAGGGAGACAACAGAGAACAUCCGAGUCACCGUCAUCCCUUUCUACAUGGGCAUGAGGGAGGCCCAGAACUCCCAUGUUUACUGGUGGCGCUACUGUAUCCGUCUGGAGAACAUGGGCAACGAGGUGGUUCAGCUGAGAGAGAGACACUGGAGGAUCUUCAGCCUGUCAGGAACCCUGGAGACGGUCCGGGGACGAGGAGUCGUAGGCAGGGAGCCGGUGUUGUCCAAAGAACAGCCAGCCUUCCAGUACAGCAGCCAUGUGUCUCUACAAGCCCCUAGUGGCCACAUGUGGGGGACAUUUCGUAUCGAAAGGACCGACGGCUCCCACUUUGACGUCCGCAUUCCUCCUUUCUCCCUGGAGAGCAACAAAGAUGACAAAGCGCCCCCUGCUGGCUACACCUUCUAACUGCCAGUAGUCACCUCCCUGUGUAACACUGCCCCAGCCUUCAGCAGAAGACUAGCUUGAAUCAGGUUAUGCAAAGGGAAAAUGUACCAUUUUCUAGAUCAUGCAGAAGCAGGCCCUCCUUGCCCUUUUUUCCUGUGAGCGUGCACCCGUCAGCAGUAUGUUAUUGAUCCGGUCGUGUAGCGUAGAGAAGUGAUCCUGUGCAUCUUCAGCCCACGUUGAGUUUUGAAGAGGCAUGCACAGUCAGGUGGAAGAGCUUUGGGAGGUGGAG